GCUGGUUGCGCUGCGUCCUUCUCUGCCCGGUGCGUAAAAGGGAACCAUGCUUUGGGGCAGCACCGGCAGGCUCCACACACAUUGACAGACAGAAGCAAGACGGCGAGUGAGAGUGAGUUUGUGGAAGAAAGUGUGUGGGAGUGUGGGAGGGUGGUAGAGCCCUCCCCCCGCCAAAUGUCUCGAUGGAUCCACUCCUUCAUAACCCAACUCUUCCCCAGCCUUGCGCAGAUGGCCAAAGUGUCCAAACCGGACUGUGAAUCAGCUAAACUGGCCACAGAAUGACAAGGUGAGAGCAGAUUAGAUAUUUAACUCUUCACCCACUGCAUUGUUUCAUUUAGUGUGUAGUUAAAGUCAAAGUAGCCAAACACCGUCUGGCGAAAGGGCGCUUGGCUUCAUGUGAAUGUCUGCCGGUCUCCCAGCGCACAGCGCUGGUGAUGCCAUGCCGAGAAGUCACACCGGCGACGACAGCAGCGGCACCGGGCUCUGGCUGAAGAGCUCAACGGGACGCCGGGUGCAGGACUACGCACUGAAAGAUGUGGAGUCCGGUAGGAGGACGAUGAACAACGCGGUGAGAGUCGGGGACGGUCUCUUGUCUCCCACCGCUGCAGGUGCGGUGGGCACCGAGAGGAAGCAGGGCGCCCGGCUCAGCCUGCUGGGGAAGCCGCUGAUCUACAGCGCGCAGAGCGGCCGCCGGAACGCGCGGUAUCGGCGGCUCCAGAAUUACCUCUACAACGUGUUGGAGAGACCCAGAGAAUGGGCUUUCAUCUACCACGCUUUUGUGUUCAUCCUCGUCUUUGGAUGUCUGGUUCUCUCAGUUUUUUCCACAAUCCCUGCUCACCAGGAAUUCUCCUCACACUGUCUGCUCAUCCUGGAGUUUGUGAUGAUUGUAGUGUUUGGUCUGGAGUACAUCAUCAGGAUAUGGAGCGCUGGAUGCUGCUGCCGCUACCGAGGCUGGCAGGGACGCCUCCGCUUCGCCAGGAAGCCGUUCUGUGUCAUUGACAUCAUUGUACUCAUCGCCUCUGUUGCCGUGGUGUCCGCCGGUAGCCAGGGUAACAUCUUUGCCACCUCUGCGCUACGUAGCCUUCGUUUCCUUCAGAUCCUGCGCAUGGUGCGCAUGGACCGCAGGGGAGGGACCUGGAAGCUGCUGGGAUCUGUAGUUUAUGCACAUAGUAAGGAGCUGGUGACUGCCUGGUAUAUUGGGUUCCUGGUGCUCAUCUUCUCCUCCUUCUUGGUCUAUCUGGUGGAAAAAGAAUUCAACAAGGAGUUCGCCACCUAUGCCGACGCUCUGUGGUGGGGCACGAUCACUCUUACAACCAUCGGCUACGGUGACAAGACCCCGCAGACGUGGACUGGACGGUUAUUAUCAGCUGGUUUUGCUCUGCUGGGGAUCUCCUUCUUCGCCCUGCCAGCUGGCAUCCUAGGGUCAGGUUUUGCCCUGAAAGUGCAAGAGCAGCAUCGACAGAAGCACUUUGAAAAGAGGAGGAACCCAGCUGCCAGCCUCAUCCAGUGUGUCUGGCGUAGUUAUGCUGCUGAUGAGAACUCGGUUUCCAUUGCUACCUGGAAGCCUCAUUUGAAGGCGUUGCAUACCUGCAGCCCCGCCAAGAAAGAGCAGGGCGAGACUACUUACAGUAAGGGUCUAAGUAAUGGGAGGCUCUUCAGAAGGUAUACUCGGAAAUAUAGGAGUCAGAAGUUGAGUUUUAAGGAGCGUGUCCGGAUGGCCAGUCCUCGUGGUCAGAGCAUGAAGAGCAGGCAGACGUCUAUCAACGACCGUCAACGCUGUUCCCCUGGCAACGAGGUGGUGGGAGGCGCCGAGCUGAUGGGCGGGAGCCCGGCGAAGGUUCAGAAGAGCUGGAGCUUCAACGAUCGGACCCGGUUCAGGCCGUCACUGAGGUUAAAGAGUCAGACUCGCACUGCUGUCCCAGAUGUGGACACAGGCAUGACCGCAGAAGAUUCCUUUGAUGAGAGAGGCUGCCAUUGCGAUGUUACAGUGGAGGAUCUUUCAGCUCCCCUCAAGGCUGUCAUCAGAGCUGUCAGGAUCAUGAAGUUCCAUGUGGCAAAAAAGAAGUUUAAGGAGACACUGCGCCCGUAUGAUGUGAAGGAUGUCAUAGAGCAGUACUCUGCAGGACACCUGGACAUGCUCUGUCGGAUUAAGAGUCUUCAGACUAGACUAGACACUGUAGUGGGUCCCCCUCCAAGGCCUGUCAGCAGCCGCGUCAAGACCUUUUCCUCUCCCUCCCUGCAUUUAUAUUACAGCCAGGCCCGGAGGAAACAGUCUUCACCGGGAGUGGCCAGUGCAGCACGCUCUGGUCCCAGCUUGAGUAGCCGACCCAGGAACAUGUCCUCUCCUGCCCUGCACUAUUAUUACAGCAACAACAGGAAGAAGCUCCCUGACUCAGGGGUGGAUCAGAUUCUUGGAAAAGGCCAAAUUCCUGUGGAUAAGAAAAUGAGGGACAAACUGCACCCAGAUGGAGAUUCUCUGGAGGGCAUGAGCAUGCUGGGACGGGUGUGUAAGGUGGAGAGACAGGUAACUUCUAUUGAAUCAAAGUUGGACUCUUUGCUGGACGUUUACCGCCAAGUCCUACAGAAAGGCCCCUCAGCACUCACCCUGUCCUCCCUGCCCCUGUUCGAGCUGGACAACCACCAGCACCACAACUCAGACUACCAGACGUCCAUCAUCGGCAGGGAUCUCCCCUCUCCCCAGGGAGGCGAUCUGGUUGGAGGCGGAGGAGAUAACAACAGGCGCUUACGCCGUUCUCUUAGUGCCAACCCGAGAGGCCUGCGACUCAUUCUGGCACCUGCUGAUGAUGACGGUCCCCCAGACUCAGCACCUCCAUCCUACCCCCCGUCCACAGCUUCACUGUCCCCAUCACCACUGCUUCCUCCUGAUAGCCCCUACCCAACGUUGGUCACCCCCAAUUGUACCUCCAAGAGAGCACACUUCCCUGACCUGCCGCCCCCACCUUCCUCAACAGGGGGUUUUACCCUCCGGUUGCCCCCUAUGGUCCACCUCCGAUGCCCCGCUGACCCUAUCCCAGAUGAUAUGACAGCUGGAGUGGCAGAGGAUGAGGAGAGCCUGGGCCCCUCUGUUGUUGUUGGAUCCAGUGUAGAUGCUGACCAAGAAGGGGACAGUGAGGCAGGUCCUGCUCAGGAAAGGGUGCAGCUACGGGAGAAGCCUGGCUUGAAAUCUGAGGGGGUCUGGAGGAGGCAUAUGAGCAUGGAGGUUAACCCCCUGCUGCUGCUCUCAUCUAGCCCAGAUGGGACACCUUCAGGCUGGGAAGGCAGUCUAGGAAAAUCGCUCUCCGUGCACAAUCUCAGCCAGCCUUCGACCAACCGGGCUCCUGGUCUCUCCUCAGCACUCAACAACAGCAGCAGCAGCAACAGUAGCGAACGUGGCAAUGCCCACGGUGACCUUAGCACCUGGGACGGAGCAGAACUCUUCAUUAGUGAGUGCAAACUAGAGCCAGCAGAUGAACAUUUUGACUUCCUGUCCCAGGGACCUGGUGACCCCUCAGACCUUCUACAGUCUGUGGAGGAGGCUGCGCCUCACCCUAAGGGAAACUCAGAGUUUCUCAGUCAGCCUCCACACAUACAGCUGGCAUAACCACACAUACACGCUCACAUACUGUAUGUACACACCAUUGUUGGGAAAGCCACUUUUUAAGUAUUUUUACAGGACACUAUACAGAUUAUGUUGCAAAUGUCCAAUCAAUGCCUUGUAUAUGGACAUACAAUGUUUUUAGAUUUUGUCUAACAUGAUGAAGUCCACUUUCAUACAGGUUUUAUUAUGAUAUAUAAUUUCUAUGGUGUACUAAAACUACCAAAAAAAUCAUAAAAGAAAUCAAAAGUAUAAUGACGUAUAAAAUAUGUAUGAAGGUGGUCUUUCAUAUAAGACAAAAUACACAAAACAAUACACAAAUAACCUUUCUUUAAGAGAAUUUGCUUUGGUCUUUGUCUAAAGAUAUUCAGAUUUGUUUUUACUUUAUACAAAAAUGGUAAUUUUUUAAAGAUCAUAUAUUAAUACAAUAGGUUUGUUUGAAAUAAAGAACAAGUAAAGAAUGUUAACUAGAUAUCAGAGCCUGCAGUCUAACACCUUCUUAAUAGACAUCGGAGUGUAGAAGCAAAUUCAACAAUUUAGUUUAUCACAAAAAUAACUGUGAGCGAUGUUAACUUUCUUUUCAAAGGAAUUUCCAGCAGGCCAACAUUUGAACUUAGUCAGAACCUAAACCCAAACCAAAGACCCAAGUUUGGGCUCAUCACUGAAAUAAGCAGGAGUCUAACUUUUUAUUGUAGAAAUUAAAAGGUAUUGCUAUUGGCUCUUUUGACUUGUGCCAACCUCAACAAAUAAAUGAGUGAAUAAAAUCAGAAAAAAAAAUAGUUGCAAGCUACAAAAGUCAAGGGUUGUUGAACCUCAAACCAGCCACUGGAAACUAUAGGUCAACCACUUCUUAACAUGUGGUGAAACCAGUACAAACAGGUACAUACACACUCUGUGACACACACAAAAACACACUGACACAUACAACUGCCACAAUCACCGUGUACUUUGAGAAGAGCGAACUUGACAAAGAGCUGAGACUGACUAAUGGUUUAAUUUUUCAUACAAGUGCUAGUAUUCAGAGACUUUCUUGAGAGAAAGGGAGAGUCACUCACUCUCCUCAUUCAAUGUCGGUCUUUGGCAAUGUACAAUGUCAUCUUUUACUUAUGCUUUCAUAUAUAUCACUGCAUGGACUGUUUCCAAAAAAAAUUAUAAAAGGAGAAUAAUGGGUGAGGCCUGGUGUAAUUGGAAUAGCUAUAGAGUUAUAAAAAAAAGUUAAUACUUAGCAUGUACUGUUUACAAGCACAGAAACAAUAGUUUAACCUACUACAAGGAGUUUGUAACCCAUUAUGAAACAGUCUAAAUUUCAUACUGAUGCCUCUAUAUUACCUACACAAGCAAACGAGACCAUCAGCAAGAAGAUUGGCCAUUUCCAUAUGAUUAUUCUUUAUGCCUGCCACCAGGUCGGAAUCAGUCUUAUUCCCCUUGAAAUAAAUGAAACGAGACUGUGGAAACACUACUACUUCUGUCCACAGGGGCUGCCACAAUCAACACAAAAUGAAAGUUUCUUGUUGCUUCUUUAAUCUUUAUAUGAUUGCUUAGUUUCAUCAGCGAGUUGUCAGUGAUUUUGGGUGCAGAAAAAAUAAUUGGAAAAAUGGCCUUUCAGCAAGUGUCCCACUCUUUGUAUAUGUUGAUGGUUAAAGGUCUGAAUGCUGAAUCGCAGUAGGCUUGUCCAGCCAAGCAUGAGAUGCUGCAUGCCUAAGCUGUUGCAAUACUUAAAGUCAAGAGUAGUCACACACUUAAUGAUGGCCUGUAUGUCCUUCUGCAUGUUAAAGUAAUGUUUCCUCCAAACCUUUAACAAAAAGGAAGUAAUCUAAUUUGAACUAAUUUCAAAGUAGUUAUAUGGAUACUUACUGUAAAAUUUUAUGACAAAUAUAAUUCGGUCAUUUAAUGUUUUUUGACAAACCCUAUCUUUUCACUGGGUGCUGGUUGCACCAUGUGUAUUAAUAAUGAUUGAAGGUUGCUGGACUGACCUUAUUCCCAACCCUAGGUGUAGUGUGGUGUUACAGGGUGAAAUGUGCAAUGCAUAGACUCAAUUUAUAACAUAGCAGAUUAGCUUGGAUUCACCCGAGGAACCCAUAAUAACGAGAUACUGUACAUGCAUUGUUGUAUGCAUGUUCUUACUUUAUCUAUGUGUCCAUUCUGCUGUUGACACUGUCAAAAAUAUAACAUGUUCAUGUAAUUAAAUAGGAGAGAGAGGGGAAAAGAUGAGAAAAGAGUGCCCUGUAAUCUCAAUACAAAAGCCUAAUUGAUAUUUUCUGUGACUUUCAGCAUUCAGCUGAUGCUCUUAUCCAGAGCAAUGUGCUUAAGGAAACAUUGGCAACUCAAUCUCAUCUGAGACUGAGACUAAAAUGUCUUAUGUAUGGCCUUUUUAACCUCUCUUGCUGCCUCCCCAAAAAUCAUGUAUAAUUUACCAGGAUUUUGAAUGUGCAUGCAAUUCCUCAUCACCACAUCAGUCAAAAUUACAAUAUUUAACCAUUCAUGGUUGUUGUAAUAAUCUUUAAGAAUACUCAAGUGGACACAUUUAUAGUUUGGAGCAUUAAGUCCAUAUUCAGAUCGAGAAGUUAUACGCUUUCUCUGGCAGUAUUAUAAAAAUUGGUGUGUUGCAAGGCUCUUAAAUGACACUGUCCUAACUUGAUAGAAUUGUUUUCAUUACCAUCCUGCUUGUAGAUGGAUUGACUGCUCUUGGAUGAGAAUUAUGCACAAUACUGUGUCACCAAUCUUAAUUUGUGUUAGCCAUUGUGAUUUGUUUUUUUGCAUGUUUACAUCUUAAAGAGUAUUCAGUCACAGCUGUCUUAAAAAUGUAUUUUAAUGUGUUAAUGACAACCUUUAUUCAUCACUAUUUUCCAGUUAUAUUCCCUUUGUUUUGAAUGGUGAGUAAGUGCAUUGAUUAGCAAAUUAACACUCUGUAGUAGCCUAUAACAAGUAUUAUCCUCUAACAAAUGACAAUUGUAAACACUAUUUGAAAUAUUCUACAGCCCAUGCAGGAGUUGUUGUGGUAUGAUGACAUGUAUUAUCGUAAUGAAAGCACAGUUGUUAAUGGUGAGUUUGAGGAGCCUGAAAAUGUGACAUGGUAGUUUAAUGCUUAAUAUUGGAAUAUAUUUGUAGUUAUUGAUUGAGUUUUUCUACAUAUGAAAAGAGGCCAGUCAAAACAGUUAAUUACUUUGGAGCAAGACAUCGAACAAAAACUGAAUAAUGAGGAAAGCCCAUGGGACAUUGGGUGGAUUAUUCCCCUCAUUAAACAUGCUAUUUUUCGCAAUCUGUAAAUUGCUUCAGGGUGCCUUUCCUGUACAUGGAAAUUUUUCACAGGGCUAUGAAGGUCUUACCGACAACCCAUAGCAUACUGUAGUUGAAAUCAAAUUGCUCAUUUUGGGUUAGGCAUCCAGUUCACUUAAGUCAUGUAGCUUUAGCCACAGACUUUAAGGCUUGGAUAGCUAAUAAUACCAUUUCUCUACUGCUUGAACAGUAAUUUAUUACACAACUGGCCUUAAAGCUUGAUAAUGUUAACAUUAUUAUUUUUCUUUGAAAUUAAUUUAUUAAAGUGCACAUUAUGUUCUCUGGAUGAGAAAUGCAAAAAAUAAUUUUAUUAUUCAUUAAUAAAGUACAGAUUAACUAAA